AUGGGACCAGACAACGCCGAAGACCAGCACAAAGCAAGAUUCGCCGUCCACAUGUCAAGCUUCUCGAGUCGCACCAUGGACAAGUCGUCUGUGCCCUUUACUGUCCGGGUUCUCGAUGACGCUGUCAAUCCCGCAGUGACAGUGCAGGAGCCAAGAGACUGGAGCGAUCUGCUACCGGCAACGAGCCGAACCAAGCACGAUCACAUCACUGUGCCGCAAGCCGACGACAUUGAGUUUCUGGAACAAGAGCUGCUUGUCCGACGACUCAACGAUGUCCAGGAUCUUCUCUGGAUCUGCGGCCGUCCAAUGCCGCCUCGGCCUCUGCAUUACCAGACGAUAUCGCGCGAGAUCCACAUCACAGAGAACCCCGAACUGCAUCUCGUCUGGGCCAAGAACCGAAUUUUCGUCAAGCCGAUACCACGGUGGCUGCUGAGCCCAGACUUCUGGGCCGCCAACUUAGUCGAAGCCUCGGGCGAUCAGUCUGAUCCACGGAAGCAGCAGCUUGUCUCCUGCGCGCUCGGUUUCCUCUUCACUUACACAGCCCUCAUCGCGUAUGAGAGCGACUUCCGCAUAGCCGUCGAAAGAGGCCUGCUCCCGGAUCGGAUGAACUGGUACCAGUGGAAGGCAAUAUCGGCCCAGAUCGCGCAGAACCAUUGUUAUGCGUCCGUCAACCCGCGGUACUGGUACGGCGAGCUUCGUCUCAGUCGACUGAACAAGAUUUACCGCGUCCGCCUGGGAUACUUGCUCCGGGGGUAUUCCAAGGUAGUCUCUCACGCCGUGUACGAAGACUUGAUCCGGGACAACUUUGCAACGCUGGCGGCGAUGCUCGGUUAUGUUGUCAUCGUCUUGACAGCGAUGCAGGUCGGCUUAGCCACGGACAGACUCGUUGGUGACAGCGCGUUCCAAAGUGUGAGCUAUGGCUUUACAGUCUUUUCGAUUCUUGCGCCACUCAUCGCCGGCGUAUGCAUAAUUGGAAUCGUAGUGGUCAUGUUUGUGAGCAGCUGGGGGGUAACGAAAGUGUACGAGAAGAAGAGAUUCCAAGAGAUGGGUGUCGAGCCAUUUUGGAGAUUUCAGAAGACAGCCAAUCAGUACACGAAGCUUCCUGGCCAGGGCGUAGAUCCCGCCUUCAUAGAGGCCAGCGGCCGCUACAACACCCGAUCUGCUAGCCCGUCCUACGACCAAUCGGCUGUCCCACAGCGGCCGAACGUCACCCAAGGCAGUGGAAGACCGCGUCUCUCAUUCGCGCUCAGCACAACGGUGCGCCGCAACCACAUCAUGGCCGCAAAACCAGCCACGCCCCUCGAGCGCCACUGUCUCGUAACAGUAGGCGCAACAGCCCGCUUCACCCAGCUCCUUACUGAAGUCCUCUCCGCCGCCUUCCUGGACCAUGUCACCUCGAAUCGCUACACACACCUCACGCUCCAAUGUGGCAAGGACUACGCAGAAUUCUCCCGCCAGAUGCUACCUCCGCUUCUGGAUCAAUACCCGGGAAUCGAAAUCACCGCCUUUGACUUUGUCGAUGACCUGACCACCGAGAUGGUCAAAUGUAGAGCGCAGGCAGGUGUGCGGGAGGCUGGUGUGGUCAUCUGUCAUGCAGGCACGGGAACCAUCCUCGACGGAAUGCGCGUCAGCGUCCCCCUCGUAGUGGUCCCCAACCCAACCCUAAAGGACAACCACCAGGUCGAGCUCGCCGAAGAGAUCCAGCGCCAGGGUUACGGGAUCUGGGGCCGCCUCGGCGACAUCGCGUGGGCCCUGGAGCAGCUGGCCCUGCAGCUCGAUAAGACUGAGCAGCAGUACCGGCCUCAUCCUGUCGCGACAACGGGAGCGGCUCCGGUGAACGUGGAUGUCUGGCAGGUCAGCGGCGCGCUUAUGAAUCGCUACGCUGAUGAACCUGGUCAUGCUGCUGCUGCGCCGGAGACAACUAAAGCGAGUGGCGGCGGCGGCGGCGGUGCUGGAAAGGAGGUUCAGCGGGAGGAGGUGGCGCAGAUGACGAUGGGCUAG